GAAAUCCUCAGUUUCAACUAUACAUUCAAAGGAAAAACAUAUAGAAAUGCUCGUUUUUUAAUAAAAAUCCACAAAAAAUUUCCAAAAAGGAAGCACCGGGUCCUUUGGCCAGCCACCCUAAAUUCAUCAUCAACGUUAUGUCGGUCCAACGCUUUUCUGCCGAUACUAUUGUUGGUCCAUCAACAAGCAACGGUUAUCAACACGCAUUGCAGUCUGGCCAAGUUUAUCAUAGAAGAGAUGUCAAUGACUUCAAUAGUAUGAGCAGCGGUAUGACUGAGACUAAUGCGCUGAUGAAUAAUUGCCAACAACAUCAUCAGGGUAGGCAUAUGGAAAUAGGAACUCCGGAUGCUAACAAUGCAUCAAGUAUGAGUUCUAACAACAACAAUUUUCAUGAUUAUAAUAACGCAACAUCACAAGCAGCGGCUAUUCAACAACCACCACCACAAUACAACACAACUAGUGCACAACAUUUAUUUAUACAAUUUCAUGAAGCCCUUGCACUGGAACCUAAAUAUCAGCCCAAUUUGUUCUUACCACAGCAAUCCAAUGAUGGUGAGAUAACAAUCGGGACUAGAGAUGGUGCCGCUCAUGUUUUAAGAUGCCUCAAAGUCUGGUAUGAAUUGCCAAAUGAUGUUCUAUUUACCGCAAUCAACCAUGUAGAUCGCUUUUUGACUAAAAUGAAAGUGAGACCUAAGCACAUGGCAUGUAUUUCUGUCGGGUCACUACAUCUCGCAAUUAAACAGUUGGGCGUAGAAGCAAUUGAUACAGAGGAUUUAGUUGCUAUAUCUCAAUGUCGUUGCACCGCACGUGAUCUAGAACGUAUGGCAGAAAUCAUUCACAACAAAUUAGGAGUUCAAAUGAAUUCACCACCUACAAGCGGACUCACAUUUAUUCGACUCUUCUAUCACAUUUUUCGCUUGACGGCUAUUGAUAUGGGUUUAAUUGAUUUCUACGAUUCCUCUAUUGUUCUUUCUGAUCUCGAACAAAGAAUGGAAAUUCUAGCUUGUGAUGCAAAUUGUGCCAGUAUUCGUCCAUCGGAAUUGGCACUCGUUUGCAUCUGUACGCAAAUGGACGCUGCAUCAAUUAGCAAGCUAGAAGCUGGAUCAACUCAAAUUCAUGGAUUAGUCGACUAUGCUAUUCAACUUCAGAAACUGUGUCGGAUACCAGACUCAUCGUUCUUUCACACACACGACCUCGUAGUAAAGAUUCUAUCAAACUACAAUGGUCAACAGAAAAUGCCCUACCGUCAGCGAUUAGUUUGGAAAUUAAGCUCCAGAACACUUCGAACAUUACGACCAACAGAUAAGUUAAAGGUUUCAUCAUAUCUUCCAACAAUUGAGGAAGAUAACAAUAAUCUGCGAUAUAGAACAGGAAGUGUCUCGUCAGAAGAUGGUUCAGAAGAAGACUGGCCCACAAGUCCAGUUGUUGCUGUUUGUGAGCAAUGUUAAUAUUUCAUCAUCAAGCCAUUCAAUUGUGAGAACAAAAGAAAAAAAACAACACAAAAUCUUAUUUAAUUUAUUAUUUAAAAAAAGAUAAAAUCUACAUCUUAAAUAUGACGGAAAAGAGCUGCGCUUAAGAACCGUAAGCAUUCUUUCAACCAACUAUUAUUCAUUUCAUGAUUGACAAUUAUAUAAUUUUGGGGGUGAAAUAUCAACAACAGCCUUUACCUAUUUUCAUAUUUUUUCUUUAAAAAAACAUCUUUAAGUUAAUUUUUCAUUUUUUAAAAAAAGAGAAAAAUACUUUAAGGAACAAAAAAAGGUGGAAGUACUGGACUCGUCCAGGACUGACACAAAAAACUCUAAAAAAAGAUUAAAAAUCCUUUCAAAAUCUAGUUCUAAAAAAAUAUUAAAACUUUUAAAAAAAAGAAAAGAAAAAAAGUACAAAAAACUGAUAAAAUUUUCAAGAUGAAAAAAAAAAUCAUAACGUUUUAGUCAUGUAAGUCUCUAAUUUGUGAGAGAAUGAGGUAUAAAAAUGCAUGUUUGUAAAAUUCAUUUUUGCACGUAUAUAAAACACCACACGUUUGUAGAUGACGGAACUUCCAUUUGACUGUGGAAUUUUUUUUUAUUUUUUUAAAACAUCUACUCAGCACCUUUAAAAAAAUUAUUUAACAUCAAAGAAUGAAAAAAAAAUCUCAUAAAUCUAUAAUAGCUCUUCUUUUUGUCCCUUCCAUAUGAUUUUUUUACAUUAUUUCCUGUUUACAUUGAGCCAGUAACACAAUAUAUAAAUAUAUAUUUAAAAAUAAAUAAAAUAAAGCAAAAGAUAUGUAAAAUUUUUGAAGAUGUUAAUCAUAAAUGAAAUCAAUUUUAGAUCUGCUGGUUUCAAUAAAAUGAAUCGUUUACGCUCUACCAUUUCUGGAUCAUGAAAAAAAAACUUAUGUCUAGAUUUGUUUUAAUCUGAAGAUUCUUUUUAUCAAUUCAGGAUGAGAUUUAUGAAUUCUAUAGACUUAUCUUAAGCUUGGAAUCUCGGAUUUAUUUUCUGAUCAUGUUCCUAAGAUCUAAGAUCAUUAAAAUUCAAUUUUAAAAAUAAAUCCCGGGAGAUUAAAAUUAAUCCGAAAGAUUUAAAUCUCUAGAUAAAAAAAUCAAAUCAUUUUGAAGAUCAGGAGCUUAGGUUUAUGUCAGAAAAAGAAUCCGGGAUUAGGAACCAACAUCCAGGUUAGUGAUUUCAAUUAAUUCAAAAGACAAAAAAUCCAAAAAGAUCCUUGGAAUUAAACAAAUUAUUAGAAAGUAAACUCAUUUUAUUGGAACCAGCAACAAUUUCAUUAACAUAAUAAGUACAUAACAAUAGUUAAAUUCAGAAAAAAAAAUUAUAAAAAGAACUUAUUCAACAAGUAGUAGCAAAGAAAUUUUUUCGUAGGCUUUAAGCUCAUUAUCAAAGCAUGCCACAUCGACCGCGUACGUUAUGUCCGUUAUGUUGCUAGACAGAGGUUAUAGCCGUUGAUAAGAAAACAAAAAUAAAAUAAACAUUCCUCGUUUGUUGUCGACAUAAUAAGUAGAAGAUGAUUUAAAUGCCGCGCGAAAAAAUAAUGGGGAGAUAAUGAUCGUUUAACGGAUUCCUCGUUGAGAUCAGGAAGAAGCUACUAGAAAAUUUCUUUGUUGCAUAAUAAACCUGUAGCGCAAAAAAGAGAGAUAAAAAUAGUGAUAAAUAGCAAAAAUUUACACAUUUACAAUAAUUAACUUAACAAUUAUGUAAAUUCAAACAUCAUCUCGCAUUCUGUAUCUGUAAAUGUAUCACUGCAAUUGAUCAAACCUAUAUCAAUUUGUUUUGGGUUUUCUGCUUUUGAGUUUAAUCGUGCGUACUUUAAUUAAUGUGUAUAUAUCUUCUCAGCAUUGCCUGAUGUGAGCCUUUUGACUGCUGAUAGUCAGUUAAACUUUCAACGGUUUUUCAAAUUUUUUUUUUUUCAAAUGGUUUUUUAAAAUUCAAAACUUGGAACUUUUUUAAAAUUUAAAAAGUUUCAUAAUUGUUAACGGCUACUUUCACUGUUUCGAGAAGAUAUAUACAAAUUAACUUUAAUUAACACCUGAUCAAUUGCAUUUUUAUAUUCUUGAAUAAGCUUCGAUUUUCUUUCAACAUUUUCAUUUUAUAUUUUUGUGUACCCAAUUAAAAUUAAAACAUUUUACUUUCACGUACUUUUUAAAUUUAUUAUUUGAAGCCUAAAUUUUUGUGCAAUUAAAAAACAACAAAAACUGAAAAAAUGAAUUUCUAAACAAAGAAGCAAGCACAGGCAAUGUUAUUUUUAUAUAACAAGUGCAGUCACGAGAUGCACUUGAAGAUUAUCUUGGAGAAAUUUAUUUUAAUAGAAAUUCAAUCAAAGUGAAAUUGAAGAAAAAAAGUGAGAAAUAUGGACAGCAUAAGCAUAAGUGAGAGCAUAAAAAGUGAAUAUUAAAGCAAAAAGAACUUUAAAAAGUGUCAAUUCCAAAAAAAAAAAACUAUGAACUAUGAACUAUUACGAAAAAAAAGAGUGAAGAAAUAUGGCAAUACUAUUGGAAUUAACUGAUAAGGAAAAACUAAAGUUUCCAUCUUCAAAUCAUGUACAAUGCACGACUCAAGGCUAAUCAUUAUGGGCAUUUUAACGAGUACUUGUCGUAAUUAUGAGCUGACUCGUGCAUGAAUGCAUGCAAUUUAAAUGAGAUUAUUAAAAUAUUGAAAUUAUUAGUUUUUUCUUAUUUAAUGUUAAUCACCUAUUCAAGGUUGAUGACCAUUCCACAAAGAGUGCAAGACCAAGCUAACCAUAAGAAUAACAAGUUUCAAUUUUUAUUAUUUUGUACGUCAGUGAUACACAAUAAAAAAGAGAUCUCUUAAAGGUGUUCAAUAUGUGCUCAUGUACAUCCGUCUUACUUUGUUGCUGUUGCUCACAGGCUAGCUUCAAACUUAGUUUUUUUUUUCAAUGAAAAACUAUUUGAGGGUCGAUUUCAUAAAACAUAUAAAUAUAUUUUUGUGAUUUCUCAAAAGCUGGGUGUGAGAUUUAGAGGACAUUAGAGAUUCUAGAUUGCUGGAUUGCCUCGGGAUAAUCCUGAGGUUUUCUGUAUUAGAUUUUAGUAAGGUUUUUACUAUUUUAAUCCAAAAAUUUGAAUUUUGAGAUUUUCAAAAUGAAUUUCUAAAAGAUUCAAAAGUGAGGAUUAAAAUAGAAAUAAAAAAAAAUCACAGCAUAAGAUUGUGAAAUCGACUCAAAAAAUGAGAGGCAAAGAUCAACGAUGAAGCAACAGCAACGAUGUAGAAUUGAAUGGGAAAAUUAUGCCAUAAAUUGAUCACUGAUGAAUAAAGUAUUUGUAUAGAAAUGAAGCAUGAUCUUGCAGACAUAAAUAGUAUUUUCUUUCACAACCUAAAGUUUAAAAAAAACGUAAUUUAUAUUUAUUUGACAGUAAAAUUGUAUAGAAAUAACCAACAAAUGGGAUAAAUUGUGAUCUUAAAAAUACCUAAAUGAAAUUAAUUUAUAAAGUUAAAAAAGUUAAGAAAAAAAGUAAAAUUAUUGUGAGAUGAUGAAGAGCUUCUCUUUAUAUACAAUAUAUACGAAUAUUAUAACAUAAUCACUCUCACAUGACACACCAAAACCACCAAAUGACUUAUUGAAUCUUCAAGUAAAUCUAAAAGAAUGGAAGAGUGUUGAAAGAAAUCAUUUUUUAAUUUUAAUAAUUGAGAUAAUCCGUAGAGUUAUGAAUGUGGAAUAAAAAAAAAACGUAAGUUUAAAAUUAAUAACAAGUGAUUGUGUAAGAAGGAAGGAGAGUAUGUAGCUUAUUGACAUUGAAUUUAAAGGCUUCUCUCAUAUUUUGUUUCCUUCAACUUCUCAAAAAGCCUUCCUCUCUUCUUAUUAUGGUCACAACAAAAAAAAAAAAAGUUAAAAAAAAUCCAUAAAUGUCUUAUAAAAAAUCAUCUCUGAAUGUAUU